CAAAAAAUAUAAAAUAAAAAAUAAAAACCCUAAUUAUUUAAGAUCUGCCGGCCGCCGUCUCGAACGAUCCCCCACUCUUUUUUCCGGCGAGCGAUUGCAGACGUUCUCAAGCUUACUUGACAGCACCAGAGCACGUCGUCUCCAUAAUUGGCCGCUGUCUCGCCGUUUGGUCAUCCUCGUGUGCACCGCCUCACUGCUUCAUGAAUUCUAGUUUUUUGCCUGUGCAGCAGUUUGGUAUUUUUCACGUCGUUGGAAAUGGAUGGUGCUAGGAAGGAUUCGUAUGUCAAGUGGGUUAAAUGCUGAAAAUAGAGAUCUGGAUGGAUGAAGUAAAUCAAGGUACGGUUUUGUCAGGUCAUGGAAAAGUUACAAAUUCCUCAAAUACGGACAUGAUGGAACCUCCGUACUGCAGAUUAUUCUCUGAUAAGUGUGAUAUGAAGUCAUCUUUUAGAAAGCCCACCAAUAAUGCAGAUUUUAGGAAGUAUCACUGUCAUAUGCCUAUGGAAAGAUAAGCGUCUAUUGAAGUUAAGGAGGAUAAUCUUGAAUACUGAUGGGAAGGCUCCUUGCAAGAAGCAAAAUGCUGGAGAAUUGCGCCUUCACCAAGGGAAGGAAGAUGAUUUCCUGAUGAAUGUCCUUCAUAGGAAGAUAAGUUUAUAUUUAUCUUCUGAUAACUUUUCAUCAAAGCAGGUUGAUGAUUCUCAUCCAUUUUUCUGGAAUAGCAUCAUUAGACGCUACGAGCGAAAUCAAGAACCACGGAAAGCUAUAAUUACAUUCUGUCAUAUGAUGCAGAGAAACAUAUCUCCUGACAAGUUCACCUUUCCUUUCAUACUCAAAGCCUGUGCGAGUGCUAUGGCCCUGAGAGAAGGUGAGCAAAUUCACUGUCAUGCCAUCAAGAGUCCAUAUAAUUCGGAUCUGUUUGUUCAGGGCUCAUUGAUAUUCAUGUAUGCCAGCUGCCAAGAGAUUGAUUCUGCUCGUGCUUCAUUUGAUGCGAUGCCCUACAAGAAUUUGAUCAGUUGGAAUAUGAUUAUUGAUGCCUAUAUUAAACAUGGAAGACUAAAUACUGCUCUUGAGAUUUUUGCGCAGAUGCCGGAACGUGAUUUGUUCUCUUGGAAUUUAAUGAUUGAUGGCUUUGCGAAAAAUGGACAGAUGGAGUUUGCCCAAAGGAUGUUUGAUGAGAUGCCUGGAAGAGAUAUUGUUUCCUGGAAUUCUAUCAUUAACGGAUAUGCAAAGUGUCGAGACAUGACAACAGCAAGGAAAAUGUUUGAUCAGAGUCCAUUCAAGGAUGAAGUCACUUGGGGAAUUAUGCUCAACGGGUAUGCAAAGUGUGGCCGAAUCACCACUGCCCAUACUUGGUUUGAAAAGCUACCAUAUAAAAAUGCAAUCAGUUGGAAUUGUUUGAUAAACAGGUAUCUUAGAUGUGAUGAUGUUAAAUCAGCACAAAAGUUGUUCGAUUUGAUGCCAAACAGAAAUGUAACUUCCUUUAACAUCAUGCUGGAUGACUACAUGAAGAAAGGUGAGUUACAACUCGCAUAUCAAAUGUUCUACAAUAUGCCUGUGAAGGAUGUUACCUCUUGGAACAUUAUUAUCGAUGGGAAUGCUAGACUUGGAAGAAUGAAGGUAGCAAGAGAGUUGUUUGAUGUUAUGCCAUGUAGGGAUGUGGUUUCAUGGAAUUCAUUGAUUGCUGGGUACAAGGAGAAUGGUGAAUCGAAAGAAGCAAUUGAGGUAUUUAUCAAGAUGAUUAUCUCAGGGAAAAAGCCGGACAACUCGACUUUAGCUAUGGUUCUCUCAGCAGUUGCUGAUUUAGGCCUUAUUUUCCAAGGUAGAUGGAUUCAUUUGUACAUCGAUAAGCAUGACAUUCCUCUGGAUGGCAUUGUUGGGGUUGCGCUCAUAGACAUGUACUCCAAGUGCGGUUAUGUCGAUAUUGCUCUGAGUAUCUUCAAUAGCAUACCUCAAAAGGAAAGAGAUCACUGGAAUUCUAUGAUAUCAGGGUCUGCAGUGCACGGCCGUGGUAAUCUCGCCAUCAACUUAUUUGAAAAGAUGCAAAGAUCAAUGGUAAAACCAGAUGAUAUAACUUUUAUUGGUCUUUUGAGUGCCUGCAGUCAUGCUGGCCUAGUCGCCGAGGGUCGUAGGUAUUUUAACCUUAUGAUCUCCAAAUACGGAAUAACUCCCAAGAUUCAGCAUUAUGGUUGCAUGGUAGACCUGUUAAGCCGCGCAGGCCAUCUAGAGGAGGCAAUCUCCCUGGUCAACGACAUGCCGCUGAGAGCUAACGAUAUCAUCUGGAGAGCCCUUCUUGGAGCUUCCAAGAACCAGAGUAAUGUCGAAAUAGCCGAACGUGCAGUGAGAAACCUGAUCGAGUUGGAUCCUUGCGAUAGUAGUUCGUAUGUGCUGUUGUCGAACAUAUAUGCUUGCAGGGAUCAGUAUGAGAGUGCCGGGGAAGUGUGGAGAACCAUGAAGAGCAAAGGGGUUCCUAAGAACACUGGCUGUAGCUGCAUAGAGGUCGAUGGUGUCAUCCAUGAGUUCACUGUAGGACACAUUGCACACCCGCAGAUCGACUUAUUGUUGCAUAGCAUGACACAGGCAUUAAGAUUGGAAGGCUAUUUGCCAUGUUCAAAAGGCUCAGUUGGCUUGGUCUUUCACGAGUGAUGCUCGACCGAUGAACUCAACUCGGGAACUAGAAACUAAUUGAUCUGGUUCUGGUUAAGAAUGUUUUUAGAACUGGACUUGACUGAUCGGUUCAACUGGCAACUCAGGAAUAAUUGGGAGCCAAUCAAUUCGGUUUGAUCAUACCUGUUGAGUUCAGUUUGGGCUCGCUUCAACCAGAAACAAAUGAAACCAGUAAGUUUGUCGUUCGGUUUGUGCGCAGAUCCAGUUAUAGAAACAAUAGUUUGUGUU